AUGAUAAAUCUUUCAAAAAAUAAAAAUAAUAACAGCAUAGAAAUAAGUUCCAAAGUAAAUUUAAAUGAUUAAAAAAACUAAAACGGAUUUGACAUUCUGGAAGCCGGCCAUAAAAUAUGGUCAGACGCAAAUAAAAGGAAUUUUAUAAAUUUAUUUAUAAAACAAGGUCGCUUUCUAUUGGAAUUCACUUUGGAUCUAUUUAUAGUGUUUCCUUUAUAUUUAAUAAAAAUGAUAUGGGUAGCCUUUAUAACAAUAAAAUAAGCGCAUUAAGAAAGAAGGCCGUAUAUAGUAUUAUUAAAAAUAGCAGGUGCUUUCUUCCUUGACAUUAUCCUACCUUUAAGUAUUGUAGGUAUUAGUUUUAAAACAGUAUAGGGUUAGCUUUUUGAUUAUUCACAUAAUGUCUAUUAAAUUUGGUGUGAAAACUGUUUUUUAUUUUUUAUUUCUUUUAUUUUACUAUUAACUUAUUUAAGUGCAUAAAAUGAAAAAGAAUCUCAACCUUUUUCAUGUUCUUUUUAAUAUUUAUUAAGACAAGAGCAUUUAUAAGUACUUGGAUUAGGUGUAAUACAUUCUAAUCUUUUGAAAUAGCUAAAAAUUGAAGUUGGGAAUCAAAAUGGUUAUGGUGAAUAUGUUUCUAACAUAAACCCAAAUGCUCGAAAUAGUAAUGUUGGGAAACUUUAGAAUAUUGAACAAAGUAAUUUUUAUAGAUGUGUAGAUGAAAUCGCAAAAGAACUAUAAAUAGACUUAACUUUGUUUUAUUUUGAUCUUUUGGAUAACUCUUUGGCAUCUUCUACUACUUAAAAUCUUGAAGACUAGUAAAAAAAAUUAAUUUAAUAAUUAGAAAGUAUUGGUUGUAGAGCUAGAUUAAAUGCAAAAGAAAAAAUAUUGUGGCCUAUUUAUGAUUAAAUAUGUAAUACAUAAUAAGCCGAAGUAGCUCCUUUUUUUGUUUUUGCUUUAAUAAUAUGUAUAAAAGUAAUAUUACCCUUUUGGUUUAUAUUAAAAAUGGAUAAAGUUGAUAGUGAUUUUGUGAGUAUUCUUUUAAUAUGUGGUUUUUAUAUAUAUAUGAUAAGCAUUCUGUAUCCAACUAUGAAUAAUGCAGAUUUAAGGAGAAGAUUAUUAAUAGUUAAAAAUGUGAGUAUGCUUUGCGACUUUAAGGAUGCUAAAGAUGAAGAUUUUGUUCGAAGAAUAGAUAUUACAUGUCCUGUGAGUAUAGAAACAUGGGAUAAUUCAAGAAGAAUAGGAUUUUAACUUGAUAAACAUAAUACAGUGUAGUUUGAAUUAAGCUAUAUUUUUUUAGGUAUUUAUUAUAUGUUUUUAGCUUUGGUUUGUUGUUCUAUUUAUGGCAAUAUAUAUAUUAUUAUAAAAAGAGAUUCUAUAUAUUUGCAUCCUUUGUUAGUGAUACAUACUACUGUGGAUUUCUUGCUUAUUACUAUUUUUUUCUUUUUAAGAAUUUGGUACUCAACAGAAUUUAAUUCGUCUUUUUAAGAAUAGACAAUUCUUUUAGAUGAACUUAUUGGAAUUUACGAUGAUCUUAUUUAAAUGUUUGAUUGUUAUUUUACAGAAGGGAUAAUUGGGUAGGCGAAAAAUCCUAUAUAUAAAAAAAUUGUUAAAUAAAUUAAGAGUAAAGCCAAACUAUAUAUUUAAAGAUAAUAUCCACUUAGAGGGAAAAUAUAUACAGAUGAGAAAAAGUUUGAAUUAAAUCUAGUUAUUUAGUUAAGGAUGAGUUUAGAAAAUAUUAGGAAAUAAAUUGUUUUGGAUGAUAAAAUUAAUUAACAUAAAAUAUUUGGAAUUUUGCCACUUUCAUUUGGGGAAACUUUUUCAACUGUUUCUUUAGGAUUGAUGACUGCUAUGCCAGUAGUAUUAAAUAAGUUAGAUAGUAUUUUUAAGAAAUAUGAUUGAAAUACUG